AUGGCCAACGCUGACUUAGCCGCGACUCACAGCAAGACGCAUGACGAGGACCACGACCAUAUCGGCUCCGGGGCAUCCACGCCACCCAACGGCACUGCGACGCCGCGUCCAGACCUCCAUACCGACAAGAGACUUCCUGGACUACUCAACAGCUAUUUUGGUCAAGUACGUGAUUCAUUUCGUGGGACUUCGAGUUCCGCAAAUUCUGAUCCCGACCCCGCACCGUCGUCAGAGGAGAAGCAGGAGCAGCCUCCUCAGGACGAGCCCAAGCAGCAGCAGCAGCAGCAGCAAGAAGAGAGCGCGGCUGUGGCAGCGUUGUCGCAGGCGCUGGCAGGCGGCAUGCAAAUGCCCACUGCACCAAGCUCGCCACGCAGUAACACACCUCCACACACACCGCGCUCGCUCUCGCACGCGGGCAGAAGAGACGAUGCCGGCGAAAUCCCUCAAGCUGCGAAAUCGAGCCGAUCGAGUUCGGGUGGCUCAGCAGCAGCCACGGUCGGUCAGACACGGGGACAAUUGGAAAUUGCCGUGGAAGAAGCAAGAGGACUCAAGCCCUCAGUAGACCCAUACGUGGUUUGCAUAUUUCAGGCGAAUGAGGACAUCUCAGGGGGACCGAAAGAGGACGAGAUGGACACAGCUGUGGAGAACGGUCCAGCAGAAGAGAGCCUGGCGAGGGGUGUGGCUAUGAAGCGGAUAGGAAGCGGUUCAGGCGCACCCAUGGCAAUACCCGGACUACGAAGUAGACAGACCAGCUCCACGAACAUUGCGGAUCUACGGCGAGGAUCGCAAAACAAGGCUGGCAAGAACGAGACUACCGAUCCCAUCUGGAGGCACAGAGCGACCUUUGAUGUCGUGGGUGACAACAACGAGCUGGACAUAUCGGUGUACGAUCGAGUGAACAAUGAGGCAUUUAUCGGCCACGUCAGGUUGCCCAUCGACUUGAACGACUACGAGCACCAACACGAGGACUGGUACAAGCUUCAGCCAAGAGAAGGCAUCACAGAAACAGUGACAGGCGAGAUCCAUCUGCGGAUCGCGUUUCAUGUGGCAGGCAAGAAGACAUUUGGCCCGGAUGACUUCGAGAUCCUGAAGCUGAUUGGCAAGGGCACGUUUGGGCAAGUGUUCCAAGUGAGGAAGAAGGACACAAAGCGCAUAUACGCGAUGAAGGUGCUAUCGAAGAAGGUCAUCGUCCAGAAGAAGGAGAUUCAGCAUACCAUCGGCGAGCGAAACAUCCUUGUCAGGACAGCCACCACCGACUCGCCGUUUAUUGUUGGCCUCAAGUUCUCGUUCCAGACGGCUGCGGAUCUCUACCUUGUCACGGACUACAUGUCUGGAGGCGAGCUCUUUUGGCAUUUGCAGAAAGAAGGACGUUUCGUGGAAGAGCGAGCCAAGUUCUACAUUGCGGAGCUCAUCCUUGCUCUCCGACACCUUCACCAGCACGACAUCGUGUACCGCGACUUGAAACCGGAGAACAUCUUGUUAGACGCCAACGGUCACAUUGCACUUUGUGACUUUGGUCUAUCGAAGGCCAACCUUUCAAAAAACGACACAACCAACACUUUCUGCGGCACAACAGAGUAUCUGGCACCCGAAGUGCUACUUGACGAGCAAGGUUACACCAAGAUGGUCGACUUCUGGUCAUUAGGUGUAUUGGUCUUUGAGAUGUGCUGUGGAUGGUCACCAUUCUAUGCCGAGGAUACCCAGCAGAUGUACAAGAACAUCGCCUUUGGCAAGGUUCGCUUCCCCAGAGACGCUCUGUCGGCCGAAGGGCGAAGCUUCGUCAAAGGUCUCUUGAACAGGAACCCCUCACACCGCCUUGGAGCGAAAGCUGAUGCGGAGGAGUUAAUGGCGCACCCGUUCUUCGCCGAUGUUGACUGGAAUGCUCUUAGCAAGAAGCAGACUGCCCCACCAUUCAAGCCGAAAUUGAAGGGAGAGCUCGACACGAGCAACUUCGACCCGGAGUUUACCAACGCUUUGAACGCUGGUGCUGAUUCGUCGUCACUGAACGCCAGAGCUGCAGCCCUGGCAAGUGGUGUCAACACUGACAGCACACCACUCAGUCCAACGAUGCAGAACCAGUUCAAGGGCUUUACCUUUGUCGACGAAAGCACGCUUGAGCAGCAAUACGCAGAUCGGGACAUCGAUGUCAGCAGCCCGAAUGGUGACGAGAACCGAUUGUCGCGCACUUUCAGCCACAAGGCCGGUGAUAGAAUGAGCGGUCUUGAGCCAACUGGCAACGCGAGUGCAGAUGCCGACUUCAACCACGGCAUGCUGGACGACAUCUGA